AUGCUCCCUGGAGGGUGCACUGACCCCCUCAUCGUUGAGUGGGAGCAGGGGCAGCUCCUCAUGGUCGCCAAAUGCAAUUCGCUCUCCAAGGUGUUCGAGUCGAGGGACAUUGGAGCAACGUGGACAGAGGCUGUCAGGACACUCACACGCGUGCAGCCCAUGUUGUUACCAGACUCUUCGCGAACAGCUGAGGGAGUGGGGUCCCUCACCACUGCGACCAUUGCUGGAAAGAAGGUCAUGCUGUACACUCAGAAAGGGAUUCCCCCUGGGGAGAUGGUGGAAGCCACCGCUCUCUACCUUUGGGUCACUGACAGCAACCGCACGUUUCACCUCGGGCCCAUUUCCAUGGACACUGCAGAGAAGUGGACGUCUAACAACACCCUGCUGUACUCUAACAAUGCGUUGCACCUUUUACAAGAGAGGGUCAGUACAACGACCAAAGGCGUGUCUCUUGCUCCCCUAACGGAGCAGCUGAAGACGAUUACGUCCGUCUUGGAGACUUGGGAAAAACUGGACUCCUUCCUCUCCAACUCGUCUGUGCCCACGGCCGGUCUGGUUGGAUUUUUGUCGGAUGCAUCGGGUGAUGCAACUUGGAACGACGCGUACCGUUGCUUGAAUGCAACUGUGAGGAAUGCAACGAAGGUCGAAGAUGGCUUUAAGUUCACAGGGUCAAAAUCAUACGCUGUGUGGCCUGUGAACAUGCGGAAGUAUCGCAGUGUGCACAGCUUUGUGAAUUACGCGUUCACGCUUGUGGCGACGGUGACGAUUCAUGAGGUUCCGAAAGAGAGCGUUCCUCUGCUGGGCGCCGGCCUGGGCAGAAAGCAAAGCACGACGUUUGUAGGGCUCUCGUACACGACGCAGAAACGGUGGGGUACAGUCUUCAACGGCAUGACAACAACACACAACAGCGCUUGGGAGCCGGGGAAGGAGUACAGAGUGGCGCUCAUGCUGCAGGACAACAAGGGCUCUGUGUACGUGGACGGCGUGCUUGUGGGGAGCUCUGACACACUACCAACCCCUGAGUCACGGAGGCAUGAUAUCUCUCACUUUUACUUUGGAGGCGGCAAGAACAGCAGUGUGACAGUGAAGAACGUCUUUUUGUACAACCACCCACUGAAUGCCAUGAAACUCAAAAAGGUUGACAGCUCCGAUGCAUCUGAGCAACGUCCAGGUAACAGCUCCAGUGCAUUUGAGCAACGUCCAGGUAACAGCUCCAGUGCAUUUGAACAACGUGCAGGUAACAGCUCCAGUGCAUUUGAGGAACGUCCAGAUAACAGCUCCAGUGCAUUUGAGGAACGUCCAGAUAACAGCUCCAGUGCAUUUGAGGAACGUCCAGAUAACAGCUCCAGUGCGUUUGAGCAAUGUGCAGGUAACAGCUCCAGUGGCUCUGAGGAACGUGCAGGUGACAGCGCGACGCUUGCAGAUGUGUCUUGGCUGCUCCUGCUGCCAUUGGGGCUAUGGGGCUUUGCGGCCCUGUGCUGA